CAGGUGAUCAACGCGGCGCGGACGCUGGCUGCUCGACCUCGCAGUCGUGCAGCACGUGAAAAUAUGGAGGUUUUUAAAACCUCGUGGGAAACUCAAGUUCAUCUUCUCGUUGACUCAGUCGAUGAAAUUACCGGUAUCGAUGAAUUCCUCAUUGUUUCAGGCAAGUUAUUAUGGGAUACAUGUAAAUAUACGUCUGUUGUUUACGGCUUGGGAGUGUUGGUAGUGCAGUGACUGGCGAGUUUGCUUUUUACCAGAUCAGUGGCUAAGUGCUCGAUGCUUGGAGAGGACGCGGCGAUAAAUAAAACUCAUAAAUUAAACAUCCCUUGUAGAAAAUCAUAUCGGCGAGGAUGUCGAGACAUGUAUUCAGGCUUUGAAACAAAGAGAUGUGGAAUCAUUCGACAGAUCCGCUGGCCUAGUUCGUGGGCGGACAGAACGUGUUAUUUCAGUUGUGAUGGCCGAGAUGGAAAAUUUCGAACGAGGGCCGUACACCGAGGGAGUUGAAAAAACUGUCAGGUCACUCAAAGAAGACAGUAAGUGAAUAAAUAUUUUUUUCAAAUUGCUUAGUUCUCAGCCUCUUGUGGUCUUGAAUUACAGGUCGUUUAUGUAAGAUGCCCGUUCGCUGGCUAUCUAACUAUCGAAUUGUGUGCUCUGAAUAUAUCGUACUCCUCCAUUCUUUAAUUUCCCCUUAUCUAAAUUUGUGUUUUACGUAGGCUAUACGGUUUACGUACCUGGCUGGUUUAUGUGUAGGUUGAGUGCGGACAACCAUGGCUACUUUUCAGGCUCCCCUGCAGCAAAAUUUUAUUUCACCAUUUCCUCCACGUAGCAAAGCCAGAUGAAUUUAAGUUUUUGUUCAUGAUGUUAGUUACUGCAUGGUAUAUAAUAAAAUUUCCAUGAGAGUUCCUGGACUCUCCUCACCAUUCUAGUGUACACAUUAAGAAAACUAACAGCGACUAUAGUGUGCUUCACCCUAAAACUGUUGCUUUGCGUUAUAGUAAUUCCAAGGUUUGCUGAUGUUGUUGAGUCAACGGUAGAAACCCUGAGUCAGAAUCCGAGAGCGAAAAUUGAUGAAGAAAGGGUUAUACAAACAUCACAACUUGUAAGUAGUUGUUUUCUUAUAUAGCACGAUUUAAACUUUAGCGAGGCUAUUUGCACCAUGCAUGCAUGGUGUUCAUGAUAACGCUGUUACCUGUAAUAAGGUUCUGGGCGCACUGGCAUAUCAGAAAUUUCUCAAUAACCUUUUGAAAAUGUUAUACUCGCUAACUGUAGUCCGAUUGGCGUAAUAUUUUCCCAGACCGUAGUUAAUAGAUGUCUUUUCUUAUAUAGUGAUGUUUCUUAUAGCCAAAUUUCUCAAAGCUUAAAUCUCCGCAAUCCUAGCUCUCUUAUUUAACCCUUCAGCAACAACCCUUCUUUCCCAGUUCAAGUGUAUUUUUGCAGUGCAAUAUUGGGUCCUCUAAUGAAUGUGUAUGUAUAGGUGUACGAUGCCAUAAGAGAUGUCAGAAAGGCUGUGGAGUUAAAAACGGUAUGUUCAAGUUAAAUGUUACAGCUAUGAGCGGUUUGUCCUUUGUGAAUAUAAGAUGUUAGUGACCUUCUGUCGUUGUUUCGUAAUAGAAACGUUACGCGGACGGCGGUGUAAUGGGAAUGGAGGAGAUAUAUACAGCAGAAGUUCGACGACAACAAGAAUUGGCCAUUGCCAAGGAAGAAGCUGCUUAUCAACAAUUACAAGCUGCAGGUAGGGAAUGUUUAGCUUUGCAGAGAUAACGCGACCAGACUCAACCAAACCACAAAUGCGGAACCUCGACUAAACCUCAAUCUAUAGUCUUUUUCUGAGAGACGUUAUCCCCUGUCGAUCCGUAGUGCCACCUCAAUACCCCCAUGUUCUUACAUUAUUUUUCCUUAUCAAACUUCUCAGGAAAAGUUCAUUACGACAUUCGGGCGUCUGGAGGGGACGACAUUGGGGGCAUGGGUGUGGCUUCAAUCAAAGUCAAUGGAGUUGAGUAUUGUCACAAGAGACUGGGGCAUAAUGUUGUAGUGUUAGAUCCCGCGGGACAGUUCGUGGCAUCGCGAAAUUUCGACACGACUACCCAAGAAGGAGGGGUUGCUAUGGGAAGGUUUCUAGAUGAGUUACCGGAAGAUCAUAUUGUACUCAUAGCCACACAGGACACUACAGGUAGGAGCACUGGCUAAUAUAAUCUAAUUUAGUCCAAUCAACUACUAUUAAUCAUAAACUCUGGUGAAUAUGCGCCCUGUCCCUGGUUGUUUAGUGUGAUUUUCUCUGGUAAUUCCAGCAUCAGAGAGUAAUGUUAAAUUCCGAGUAAAAUUACUAAUAUUCCUAAUAAAAUUAAUAACGAGUGAAAUUAAAUCUUUGAAUUAAAUCUUUUCCUGUUGUAGGAGUUGGGGCGGAGCAUGCAGGCCCGGCAUUAGAAAGACUUGGUGCUAAAGGGCCUUUCAACCCUGGCUACAGAUCCUCGUGGGCGUUUGCGGGUUACACGGGGCCUGAUGCUAAACCUUGGAUCAGAGAAGAAAGCCGUCCUGCGGAGGAAGGGCCAACCUUAGUCUCGAACCUGAUAUAUACACCUGCUUAUGAACAAGGUAGGUUUAGAGCAUAAACUCUGAACAAGCUUUCGUUACCAGAACUACCUGAAAAAUACAAGGAGAAUUUCUCCAUAUAUUUAGAGCAUAAAACGUGAUGUGCAUACGACAAAGGCAUCUAUAAACUUGCGAUAUUCUCUCUUAAAAGUUACAUGUCUGGUUAUCCCAGUCGGAAAACCUGACCGACUGGAAUAACUCAGCCUCUAUUUACUAACAAUAUGCGGAUGUUUCUAGGCAAAAUCAAGAUCGUUAUCCGUGCUGAAGGUUCGGACGACCCGGACAAACAAGGCUACUGUAGUAUCAAAGUGAACGGGGUAGAACGUAGUUCUCGAACACGAGGACAUAAUCUGGUCGUCUUAGAUGACAGUGGAAACUUUAUUACUUCGAGCAGUUUCGAUACAGGAGACGCAUCGAAGGAUGAAGGCAUUGCUAUGGCACGGUUUCUCGAUGGUUUGCCUAACGAAAGGAUAGUCUUGAUCUCAACACAAGAUACAAAGGGUAAGACUUAUUAGAGCACUACACACAGCAUUCUGUAGGUCCUGUGCUUAUCUCUGUGGUAAUUUCAACAAAUUCUUCCUACUUCUUUAUUUACUCCUGCAGGUAUUUAACCAGGGAACAGCUGCUCAUAUCUUAUCCUCCAUCGUUUUCUAUUCCUUGUCACUUUCAUCCUUAAUAUUUAAAUGUUUUUUUGCUCAGUUCCUGAUUGAACUUUCUUGUUUCCACAGGUGUGGGUGUGAACGAAGCGAAAGACUCCUUGGCACGCAUUGGUGCAACUGGCAACGUCAACCCGGGUCCUGGAGGAUCAUGGGUAUUCAUGGGAUACACAGGUCCUGAUGCAGUAGAUUGGGUUACACAGAUGGCAAGGCCGAGACAUAAAGGACCAUGUGUCGUGUCAGAGUUCAUCACGUUACCUGCGGCUGUUAAAGCUGUCGAAGAAGAACAGGGUAAGUUUAAUGGCAAUAUCACUAAGGGGCUGUGUAUAUGAGCCAGGAUGGCCCUUUUAGUCGGGCUCAGACGUUAGCAAACCAAAAUCCUCGUUUGAUUCGGGCUUUGAUAGUGUAAGGUUUGCCUACUCAGUCAUUGAGUCAACAAAAAAAAACUUAAGAAAUAAAAUAUAUAUUAUUGAGAAACAUAUCCAUUCCGAUAAUUUUUGUUGUGUUAAACGACGUUUUUACUUGUUAUCCUAGUGACUUCUCGUCGACAAAUGUUGACGAUCAGUCGUAUUUUCUAUUGAUUCAGUUCGUCCAUCCUCAAUGGGGGAAGUUGAAGGUUUUGAGUAUGAAGGCGAAGGUGGGAAUGAGAGUGAUGACGAAGAAGAUGUUAGUAUCCAUGAUAUGAGCGACAGAGUAAGUAUACUUUGACUUGGAACAAGAUACGUUGUGCUACUAUAUAUUUUUAUAGUUUAUUUCAAGAAACUUUGGCCAUAAGUUUCUGAACUUUAUGUUGCCAGUAAUUUCGAAUUUGGCUGCAAAAAGGAUUUUGACAAACAUCGUUUCUCACGUGUUUAGGCAAAAAUGCGAAAUUUACCUGCCGAAGAGAAAGCGAAGAUCGAACGAUUGUCAACCGAGUUAAGAUCGGAGAAAUCUCGUUUUGAAAAUAUGUUAUCACAGUGGGAUGAGUCCGGUAACGAGAUUGUUGUCUUGGCAAAGAAAAUGUGUAUGAUGAUGAUGGAUAUGUCGGACUUUACCAGGUAUUCAGGUCGUUCCGUCACGCAGCAAUAUGUCGUGCCAAGCAUGGUGCCUUUACACUUACUGCCUAUCUAAGGGCCACGCCCUAAGAAUUGGGCCAUAUUAUAUGCAUGAAAAACGAAGUCAAAUUGGUGUCAUGUUCCAAUAUGAGGAGCUCGUAUUUUAGUCCCAUUGUUAGGGAAUUUAGUCAUGAGUCAAUCCUGAUACUAACCAUCUGUUCCCAAAUGGUUGUCCUGAAAUCAUGUGAGGAUUUGUCGCAACAUGUAAGCUUCAUCUUUCAUUUUGACCAGGGGUGCAGGUCCUCUGAAAACAACAAUGGACGUCAUUACUGCGGCAAAGGUAAAUUAUUGCAGGUGCUGGGGGAUGAUGCCACAGAAUUUACACACACUAUACAUGUUUUUAUUAUGUUUGUAGCGUAUCGCUCGAGCCGGGGCCAGAAUGAAUCAGUUAGCAACAGAAGUAGCAGAAAAGGUUGGUGGCUUUAGAAAUUCCUUGCAUGAUAAUGCUCUUUCAUUGACAAUAUUAUUUAACAUAACAAUAUUAAUUAUUACAACUCCAAACGAAUUACAUUCGCGAGCUAACGUUUCCACACUCCAAGAGCUGAUUGUACGAAGCCAGCCGUUUAAAUCGGCCGUUGAUUGGUAUAACCCAGAUUAAACUUUAGUAUAUAAAAGUUAAAGUUUUUUUUAUUAGUUGUAAGGUCCAUAUCUCCACUGUUUAAUAGCGAUUUAAUGUUACAAAGGUUGAAAAAAUCACUAUCCGGUGGAUCGUCCCAUCCGUUCUUCGUACAAUCGACGCCAGUCUAGCAGUCUUCUGUCUUCAUCAGUGUCCAGUAGGGUCUAGUGUCUUCAUCAGUGUCUAGUGUCUUCAUCAGUGUCUAGUGUCUUCAUCAGUGUCUAGUGUCUUCAUCAGUGUCUGGUGUCUUCAUCAGUGUCUAGUGUCUUCAUCAGUGUUUAGUGUCUUCAUCAGUGUCUAGUGUCUUCAUCAGUUUCUGGUGGUCUUCAUCAGUGUCUAGUGUCUUCAUCAGUGUCUAGUGUCUUCAUCAGUGUCUAGUGUCUUCAUCAGUGUCUAGUGUCUUCAUCAGUGUCUAGUGUCUUCAUCAGUGUCUAGUGUCUUCAUCAGUGUCUAGUGUCUUCAUCAGUGUCUAGUGUCUUCAUCAGUGUCUAGUGUCUUCAUCAGUGUCUAGUGUCUUCAUCAGUGUCUAGUGUCUUCAUCAGUGUCCAGUGUCUUCAUCAGUGUCUAGUGUCUUCAUCAGUGUCUAGUGUCUUCAUCAGUGUCUAGUGUCUUCGCGAAUGGAGUGGGUACAUAUUGAGUAUUGACGAUAUUUUAUUUACUAUCUAGUGCGCUCACUCUCAGUCAAAGAAUGAUCUACUAGCUUACAUUCAACGAAUAUCACUGUUCUCACAUCAACUUACAAUCACAAGCAGAGUUAAAGCUGAUAUUCAGACUAUCAGUGGAGUUGAAGUCGUCUCAGCGGUAAGAUAUUUAUUUAUUCCAUACAUUUUAAACCACAUGGAUAGCUACAAUUUUGGCCGACCAUUUUUGCCGACAAUUUUGGCUUGUAGAGCGACUGAACGUUUGCACUAGUUUCCCCCUAAAAGUUUUUUUUAUCUCUUGCUAUAUAAGUAUAUGACAACUCCCCUCCCCCAUGCAAUGUUGUUUCGAUCACUGUAGUAUUUCUAAUUUUUAUUUCAUGUAGCUGGAAAGUGCGACUUCUCUAAUCAUGUCUGCAAAAAAUUUAAUGAACGCUGUUAUUUUAACUGUCAAAGCUUCGUACGUCGCCUCGACCAAGGUAAACCUUGUUUUAUACUGCAGAACUGGUUUAGCCUCUGAUACCGUAAUAUAUAUGAAUGUCGACUAACUUUUACUUGUUUGUCUUUUAGUUUCGUGGUUCAAACAAAUCUGCUGUAAGUAUCAUCACAUUCAUUUUACACUGUCAACGUUUCUGGUGUCACAGUAUGAAUUUUGCAUAGGUCAAAUUCUAAGUUUUGAAGGAUUUGUUAGAAAUAUUUGAGGUACUGACUUAGUGUUUAACACUGAGUCAUUUGUUAACAAACAUUUCUUACAAAUCUUUCAAAAUUUACCUAUGCAAAAUUCAACCUUUUUUGCCCAACUGGGGUUCAUAGAAAUAUUGAAAGUCCAGGCGGUCUUUCGCUCUCGCGUUAUGUCCAUCUGGGGUAUGGCUUAUUUCCUAUACCUUUCUCCUAAUGAGGAAAUCAUGAUUUCAAAUCUUAAAUUUUCAUCAUCAGAUAAACUGGAAAAUGAGAGCACCUGGUAAGAAACCGCUGAUCAGCUCGCAACCGAGCGAGGACUCAUACUCGCGUGUUCCUGCGAAAUCCACACGUCAUCGUGAGCAGACUCCGCUCCAGGCCCUCAGCGAAUUCGACACACAGGCCCCAAGGAAAAGAACCGACUUCUAGAUAUGUUUAGAAUCGAUAGGUAUUUAUACGUAAUUAUUGUAGUCACGCGUGUCCACAAAACGUCUGCCUCAAUUUUAGAUACGCUGCCAAGCUUAUAUUUUUUGGCAAGGUGUAGGCUCAAGUAAUUAAAUACAAUAACCGAGCAAAAUGCCUUUACGACCGAACCUUCGACACUCCAUUCCUUCAGCACAGAUGAUAGAUUGUACCAGAUGUCUCACUGUGUAUCUAUCCUUAUGAUUUUCGUGUCCGCAAUUUUCGCGAGGCUAUCACGCCAGAUGACGCGUGCGAUACUUACUGCCAAAAUGGCGCUUACUGCCAAAAUGCGUGAUUGCUCACGUUUCAUGGCGUGGAUUACACUUACUGCCAAAAUGGCGGCCAACGCGUGCUCAUAAAAAAUCGCGGACACAAUUUUGGCUGGGUGAGGCAUCUGGUAUAAUCUAUCAUCUAUGCCUUCAGGGACGAUCUAAGAUCGCAACUUGGCUCCUUAUAUACGCGAGGGAUGACGUCAUUUGCCUCUGCAUCUCAAAGGGGAUACGUUGUCAUUUUAGAUCUCCCUUGAUGAAAACAUUAGAAUGGAAACAUUAGAAUUUACAUUGGCAGACACUUUGGAACGAAACUGGCCAAAAAUUGAGUGAAUUUUUAUUUGCAUUGAUGCUAUUGUAUUUAUGUUAAUGUGUAUGAAAUGUAGUUAUAUGGAUUUAUUUUUAGAAAGGAUUGAACAUAUAUACUAGUUAGUAGAAAAAACACGUAUACAAUGCGUUUAUCUUCGGGGGGCGGUUGUAAUCAGUAGAAGUUUUCUGAAUUUUUGAAAUAAACAGACGUACAGAAAUACAUAAACUAAAACGGCAGGUUAAAUUUUAACCCAGGGUUAGCGCUAAUUCAGCUUUCAAUAACCGGUCCCAGAUAUUAUAGAACUGCACGUGUGCUACAAAAUUUUGAACUUUUAAGUUCAAAAUUUUGUAGCACACUUGAAAAGAACAGGCACGCGUGGAUCAAGAAUUGCGACACAAAUCAUGUGAUUUUACCUUACCAUCCCGCGCGUGAAUGCAUGAUCCACGCGAGAUUUUUGGUAAGCAUGUGAAAUGUGCAAUUAUCCGCCAUUUUUGAUGUACUGCCUCUAACACAUCUGAGUGUACGCACCGCGAAAUGCGACUUUUUGUCAAUAUAGUUGUGUAUAUGAUGGUAAUUUACAGUUACAACUUUGAAAAGUCGCUUAGACUGUCUAGAUUCUUUGAUGGGGGGAAGACAGUACUCCAAAAUGGCGGGUAUUGGCUCGCGUGAGAAAGGCUAAUUUGUUAAAUGGAAAAUCUCGCGUGGAAUGGUAAAAUCUCGCGUGAUGGUGCGCUAAAUCCCCCAAUUUGCGGGAUUCCUGAUCUAUGUAUAUACUAUAGUAUUUGCAUGGGAUUAUUAAUAAUGGAUGUGUUAGGAAUAAUUUUUAUUAUUUCUUAUUAUUACUACCAAAAUACAUGCAAAAAUUUCAUACAGAUAUGUCACUGCACUUUGAACAACUCAAGACAGUCAAAGCAAGUUUAGUGACCACAGUUAAGUGCUUCACAUUUUGCAAAACACCUUGAACACCAUUUACUACCAUAAUAAAUAGUAAAUGUAUACUACUAUGUAGUAAAUCAACUGAUAGUCUCAAGAGAAGCUUAUAGUUUCUUACAAAAAUAUCAUGCAAUACGUACAUAAAAAGGAGCGAAUUAAAAUACUGUUCAUUUACAGCUUGCAUUUUUAGUGUACAUCUAGUAAGCAAGUAUUAUAGCAUUGUGUAGUGUAGUAGUAAUCAUUCUCAACGCGGUCUGCAUGGCAUUUAGCAUAUGUCCUCACAGCUUCGGCGAUAUUUAGAAGAAUCGUUUGCGAGCAGCUUCUUGCUGUUUCUUAUAAACAACAACUCCGACUAUACAGAGAAUUACAGCAAUAACAAGAAUCCAAAACAGCCAAGUGAAAACUUUCGUAACUUUCGGCGAGAAGCUUCCCGUCGUUGGGUCAUCAGCAUGCUCUGAAAAAAAGGCAUUCUCUUUAUUGGCAAAA